GACCGACUGCGACCUCCGAAUCCGAUUUCACAGCCACAGCCACAUCCACAUCCAACUUGGACCCGUACUCUCCGCCAGACUCAUGUACUACGCUGUUGAUUACUACGCGGAUAUGGGACAAAUCUCUCAAGAUUGUUUCGCUGCAACAAAAACUGGAGCAUCUGACCUUGACAUGGAUGAACUGGAUGAUUUGGAUCAGGUCACCCAGGUGAUUGGCUACCAUCCCCAGUUCCACGAUCACUUUCUGCGCACCCAGAACUUCAUAAUGAAGGGGGAUGGUCCGCUGCCGAAUGACUACAGAUACUAUUUGGCCAUAAUUGCUGCUGCCCGACAUCAAUGUCCUUAUCUGGUGAAGCGGUACGAGAAGGAGUUCAUCAACCAGGGAGGAGAUAGCGCCUGGCUGGGCGGCCUGGGCUUUAUACCACCCAAACUACGUGCCAUAUACGAUAUCAAUAAAAUAUUAGCCCAUCGUCCCUGGCUGCUGCGCAAGGAGCACAUCGAGCGGCUCACCAAGGGUAAGAACAGCUGGUCCCUGUCGGAGGUGGUGCACGCCAUGGUCCUGCUCUCGCAUUUCCACUCGCUAUCCUCCUUUGUGUUUUCCUGCGGCCUCACACAAAAGCUGGACGGCUUGUCUAGCCCCAAAUUGAAGAGUCCGCCGGCCGUGGUGGGGCCCCAAGAGCCGGGGGUCCUAUGCCACCCAACCGCCGCCAGCAACACCACCAUCACUAUCACCUCCACCUCUCCAAUGGACCCGCAGAAAGCGCUGGAGAUCUCGAUCAACAAUGCAAAGCCGGAUUACAAUAGCCAAACCGCUGCGGAAAACAAUGGAGGACCAGCACCUGACUCUGGAAAUGCUGCCGGAGAUGGCCAUGGACCCGAUGCAACGGCCCUCAAUGGAUAUUUGGCCACGGCCCAGCAACUGCCGCAGCAGCACGGCAUCAGUGUGGAGGCGCUUAUGGAGCGCAUGAAGGUCCUGUCCCAGAAACAGGACGAGUGCAGCGAGGCCGAGCUGAGUAGCCGCUUCCAGAAGGUGGAGCAGCAGACCGCCGAGCUGGCUGCCGUGAUUCCAGAGGCCACUGUUGCCGUGCCAACUAAUCUAUCGCACUACGUGGACGAUCCCAACUUCAUUUACCAGGACUUUGCCCGCCGCGGCACCGAAAGCAUCAACACGUUUCGCAUUCAGGACUACUCCUGGGAGGAUCACGGCUAUUCGCUGGUGGAUGGGCUGUACAACGAUGUGGGAACCUUUUUGGAUGCCAAAUUUCGGGCUGCCUACAAUCUCACCUAUUGCACCAUGGGCGGCAUCAAGAAUGUGGACACGUCCAAGUUUCGACGGGCAAUUUGGAACUACAUCCAGUGCAUCUACGGCAUACGUCACGAUGACUAUGACUAUGGUGAAGUGAAUCAGCUCCUUGUGCGCCCCUUGAAAAUGUUUAUUAAGACAGCCUGCUGCUUUCCCGAGCGUAUUACAACCAAGGAUUAUGAUAGUGUGCUGGUCGAGCUGCAGGACAGUGAAAAGGUUCAUGUGAAUCUAAUGAUAAUGGAAGCCCGUAAUCAGGCCGAGUUACUCUAUGCUCUGCGCGAGAUAAUGCGCUAUAUGACUUGAUCUCAUUAAGUGAAUAAACAUACGUAUCUAUAUAUA